UUAUAUUCCUAUUGAUUGGUCUCCCUCCUGCUAUUUUUGUUUAGCAGUCUUACGGCAUUCAUUUUAUCAGAAACUAUACUUUCGUGCGCCAAAAAGGAACAACAAUCCACAAUGACAAGUGCUACAGGGGCAGGAUUCCCAGUUGACUACAUCAUGGAUGUAAAGCUGGAAGACUACAUGGGCUCAGAUAUCCCCUUGUUCGACAGACGCUUUUGCAACCGUGCGGGCAUGGAAGAGACACCCCACUUGGAAGGGUGUAGAGGCACGACCUUCAACUUUGAUACAGAAGACUACUGGCUCUUCUGCGUCCAUUUGAAUCUAGCCGAGAUGGAGUUUGCCAUUGGGGGGGAGAAUCCAGCAUAUGCGACCUCCGAUCCAAACUGGCGCAAUCUAUCCGACAAAAAGGAUAAGAAACUUACAAUACAAUAUCAUGAGGUUGGAAUUUUUAACGUCCCGUGCUACACCUGUUGCGAGUUUCAGCUGGAGUUUGAUCGAUAUGUGGGGAUUCGCUGUCCCAAGAUGACAAACCCAGCUAUCACAAUCAAAGCAAACGGAAACCAUGGGGAAGUCAAAUGGGUGGGUUUGUUUGUCAAAUCGAGUGUUGACGAAAAGAAUCAGUUCGUCGCCGUGAAGACGACCAAUCGACUCUUGCCAGCGUACGCCCAACGUAACGUAAGAUAUGGUUGGUAUUCGGAUAAUCGGGGCGUGGAUGUAACCAACGAUCGGACUAUCACGCUGUGGCCCAAGCAGUUAUAUGGGACACAGGGGAAUCGAAGAGAUACAUACAAGAAUUUUGUGACUGUUGAUCCGGGUAAUUCGCUGGGCGAAAGGCAGCUUACAAUGGUCAAAGAGAAGGUCAAGAACGGAUCCGCUGUUAAUGUCACAGCCCAAGGUAGGUCGUAUACAUGGAAUGCGAACAGCACGACCUAUAUCAAGGGCACUUACUGCCCACCCCCACCGAGGCACAUUUCCUUCUCGACUUUUAAUUACUCCGCCGGAACUAAAGUAACCCAGAGUGACGUGGAGGGUUUCAUGACUCUUGUGCGUGUCUUUGGAUCAGUGACUAAAAUGGCGGUGGGGAUGGUCAAGGGCGACUUCGGGUCUGCUCUUGAAGCUGUUAUCAGCCUGCCAGAAAAGGUCAGCGGACAAAAAAUGGAUGCGGAUGUGAAAGGCCUUAUUACCGUAUUGGCCACUGUUGGGUAUGACCAAUGGAACAACCAACUGCAACAAAGAAGCCGCCAGAAGACCAUCAAUACGGCUGGGGUAGAGCUGAUUUCUCUGAAGCAACACCCGUUUGAUAGCGACUUUGGUUGUGAUUAAGCAUACAUUGCUAGACCUAACAUGCCAGCCUUCGGGCUAUGGCCUAGAUGACCGUCAGCAUGCUAUACCUUGAAUCAUUCUGUUCUAGAGAAUUCGUAUCAAUUAAACUGAUUUAUGUGGAACAUCUUUGCCUUUCUCGGUAUCCAAAUAAACGCUCAUAGGGCUGCUGUCAAAUGCUUGAAUAAGUGAGAAGUGAAACGAUUGCAUGGCGGCGAUUGUUGCAACCCCAUAUCAGGUUCAUUACCAUGCCUGAUGUUGUCAGCAUCAAGAAAGUAACUAUACAUGACAGUUUAAACAUUAUCAUGCUAGCUGAAAGUCGUCAUCAACCUGACGAUUCGAGUACAAAGAGGCCCGUAUCCAGG